UUGCUGCACAUAGCAACUGAUUGCUCUUAUUCAGCAUCACCUGCUCACUUGCUGCGCCUAUUGUUGCAUCUUUUGAGUACCGAGACCUCGCUCUGCUUAAUCUGUGGUACCGACCUUUUGAUAGGAUUGACUACCUUACUCGCUUCUCGGCACACUGGGAAGGUUCUGCGUAGCCUGCUGGCCCACUUAACUGCCUGUAGGCGACUCCAUUUAACAACUUGUUUGGUAUGUCGUCGGCUCGUUCCUGUCGGCUAUCUGGCUCGCCAUCAAGCAAUCUUGCACUGCGAUCAGGGCGUUGGCGAGACAAACGCACAGGCGGCAAUCUCAUUUCCAGUUGAUCGUGAUAAUAUAGAGUGA